GAGUUAGACUGAGUGAAUGAGUGUGACUGGAAAGCAAGUGAACUGAGCAAAUUCAAAGGCAGAACACAGCAGUCUGCGCAUAGGUGGACUGAGAAACACGGGGUAACAAGCUGCAGUAAAGUUGGAGCGGUGACAGCGCUUUGUGCUGGCAGAGUCUACGGUACAUCACCUGGCUGAUAGUGAAUUGUCCAAGGAAGCAUGGACGUGGACGUGGAGGGGAUUAUCCAUUGCAUCAAGCAGGGGGAUGAGAACGGUGUUCAGACACAGCUGCAGGAGUUCAACAAAGAGUACGCCCAGUGCUUCUUCUUUGAUGCAGAGGAGAGGGACCGAAGGAAACAAAGAAAACUAGAAGAGUUCAGGAAGAAUAAAGUGAGGGAGUACGCUGAUUCUGACUCUGACCUUGAUGAGUACGACCACGAGGAUCGAGGCCUCAUCCUCAGACAGAAUUUAGCUGUUGUCCUGGUGAGGUUUAUAAGAACAGGAGCUAAAUGUCGUCUCUUAAGAGUAUCUCUGCGCACCCUGAGGAUCCUGUCCAGGGACAAAAAGGUCCUGGGGCCCUUGGUGACCGACAGCGCUUUGCUGACUCUGGCCAAACUAGCUGGUUUGACCACAAGUGAUGCCAGUGAUGAAACCAGUGACCCAGACUCUGAUUUCUAUGACAACAUCAUUGCUUCUCUUGCUGAGGCCAAAGUUUUGCAGUGCCACACCAAUGAGGAUGAAGGUGACGCUGAAGCCUAUGACCAAAAUGAAGAGUGCUCUGGCUUUGAUGAGGACACCAAGAGUGACAUCAGCAUCGCCAACAGCGGAGAUCUGGACAGCAUCAGCUGGCUUGGGAGCCACAGGACCAGCAUCAACGAAAUGCACAGAGGCGGUGUCCAUCACAAAGUGCUGGAGCGAGGGAGGAGGGACCGCAGGGAGAGCAAGAUGGAGGGGGAGGAAGAGGAGGAGGACACAGAGUCGGGAGAGGAGGCUCAGAGAAAAGAGGCCAUGAAGGUGUUGUGCAAUGUGGUGUACAACAGCACCUGGGCACAGGAGAGGUUCAGUGGUCUCAGGCUCAUCUGUGGUCUCACUGAGCGUCUAUCCUCAAGCGUCAGUUGCUCUUCUCCCUCCAGUGUUCAGUUCUAUGAACUACGCCUCAUGUUCCUCAUCACUGCACUGCGGCCAGAGCUCAGCACUCAGCUUCAACAGGAGGGUGGGGUGUCCAUCCUCACAGCAGCCAUGGAGAGCUGCCUGGAGGUUCAGUGGAAGGAGCAGUAUGAGUGUGUGCUGCACCCAGCAGCACCACCAAUCUCUCUGGAAGCCUCUCAGCGUAUCAUAGAGAUACUGAAAAUCCUCUUUAAUAUCACCUAUAGCACCCACAGGCAGGAGCCAAGCGAGGAUGAUGCAGCUCUUUACCGACACCUGGUGGCAAUCCUGCGUCUCUGCCUGAUGAGGAAGUGCAUGCUGUCAGACGACACGGAUGAACUGCAGGGUCACACAGUCAACCUGUUGACAGCGCUGCCUCUCCAGUGUCUGGAUGUGCUGCUGAUGGCGCCUCCAGGGCCCAACUCAGAGCAGUGCCAGGGGGUCAACAUGGACUGUGUACACAACCUGCUGAUGUUCAUGGAGAGACGUCUGGAGUCGGGUGAUAAGAUCAAAGAGAAGCUCACACCUAUACUCAAUCUUCUGACAGAGAGCUGCAGGGCCCACAGAGAAACUCGCCACUACAUCAGGAAACAUAUCCUGCCCCCUCUGACGGAUGUAUCACACAGGCCGGAGGAAGGCUCCACAGUGAAGAGUCGUCUGAUCCGUCUCAUGACUCAUCUGGAUACAGACCUCAAACACUGUGCUGCCGACCUCAUCUUUGUCCUCUGCAAGGAAAAUGUGAGGCGUUUUGUCAAGUACACAGGUUACGGUAACGCGGCCGGCCUGCUGGCCACCAGGGGUUUGCUGGGCGGCCAGGGGUCCAGGACUUCCAGCUCUGACGCCCAGUACUCCAGCGACUCUGACUCUGACACUGAAGAGUACCGGCAGGUCAAAGAUCGCAUCAACCCGGUGACGGGGCGGGUGGAGGCAGAGCAUUCAGACCCCAUGGAGGGCAUGACGGAGGAGGAGAAGGAGGAGGAGGCCAGGAGACUGAUCAUGCUCUUUAACAAGCUGUCGAGGGACAGCAUCAUCCAGCCGAUGGGAGUGGAUUCAGAGGGGAAGCUGGUCUCAGUGUCGGGACUGAGGGAAAAUUCCCUCACUGAAGAGGGGAGGUCUGAGUCAGAGAAUGACGCAGAAGCAGAGGAAGGAGAGAAGAACUGAAACCUGUCAAAUCC